AUGAAAACACUUGAAGACAUCCUUCCAAGCCUCUCUAAGGCUCGUUAUUUCACUAAACUCGAUGCUCGAUCUGGAUAUUGGGCCAUCAGACUGGCUGAGGAAUCUUCAUUUCUUACAACGUUCAACACCCCGUAUGGACGUUACAGAUUUCUUAGACUACCCUUUGGGAUACGUUCAGCACAAGAUGAAUUUCAGCGAAGGAUUGACGAGUGCUAUGAGGGACUAGAUGGCGUUGCAGCCAUAGUUGAUGACGUUCUGGUGUAUGGAAGUACUCCCGAGGAGCAUGAUCACAACCUGCGGAACAUGCUUUCCCGCUCCCGUGACAAAGGUAUUAAGCUUAACGAAGAGAAGCUUGAAGUUGGUGUCACAGAGAUCCAAUACUUUGGACACAUCUUGAGUGCUGAAGGCCUCAGACCGGACCCAGCUAAGGUCUCUGCUAUAUGCUCAAUGAAUCCACCACGUGACCGCUCUGAAUUGGAAACAAUUCUUGGAAUGGUUAAUUAUUUAGCCAAGUUUGCUCCUAAUCUGUCCGAGAUCACCAGCCCUCUGCGACAGCUCCUUCCCAAAGACGUUGAGUUUGUGUGGGAUCAUCCUCAGUCCACAGCGUUUCAGAGAAUUAAGGAUAUCAUCACACAGACACCUGGGCAAGUUCUUGCCUACUACGACCCAGACAAGGAUCUAACACUCCAAGUUGAUGCAUCCAAGUAUGGUCUUGGUGCCGCUCUCUUACAGGAUGGGAAGCCUGUCACUUAUGCAUCUAAGUCUUUGACCACCACGGAGGUCAAUUAUGCACAGAUCGAAAAGGAAAUGUUUGCUAUCCUGUUCGGCUGUAAGCGUUUCCACCAGUAUGUUUAUGGUCGGCAUGUGAAAGUCGAGUCCGAUCAUAAACCUCUCAUCUCUAUCAUGAAGAAGCCUCUUGCUGUCGCCCCUGCUCGGUUACAGCGUAUGAUGUUGCAGCUACAAAAGUAUGACCUCACAGUUGAACACAGACCUGGGAAGGAAAUAGUAGUAGCUGAUACACUUUCACGCAAGUCAGUGCCUGAUACCUACCCGCACCUUUCAGAAGGUAUGGACGCGCAUGUCCAUAUGAUAGUAUCAAAUGUUCCUGUCAGUGAGAAGAGGAUGGAGGAUAUUAGACGAGCCACAGAAGCUGACCCUCAGUUCUCCUUGCUCCAACAAACUAUCAUAGAUGGUUGGCCUGAACAUAGGAAGCUAUGCCCAGGGACAAUACUUGAAUUCUGGAACUUCAGGGACCAACUUGCCUUCAUGGAUGGCAUCAUAUUCAAGGGCCAGAAAAUUGUCAUACCCAAGUCCCUGAGGACAAGUAUGCUUGACAAAAUUCACACUGGACACAUGGGAGUUGAAAAGUGUCUCCGGCGUGCUCGUGACAUUUUGUUUUGGCCCAAAAUGUCGAAUGAUAUCACAAGUCUUGUACUCAACUGUUCUGUGUGCCUAGAGAGAAGAAACUCUAACCCCAAGGAACCCCUCAUAUCACAUGACAUUCCCAGUCGUCCUUGGCAGACCGUGGCCACAGAUCUCUUCUUAUGGGACACCCAUGAUUUUGUGGUCGUUGUUGACUAUUAUAGCAGGUACUUUGAAGUUUGCAAAUUACCCAGCACCAAAAGCACCACUGUUAUCAAUGCUCUCAAAGAUGUAUUUGCGAGACAUGGGAUACCGGAUAAGGUGAUAUCUGACAAUGGCCCCCAGUACUCCUCACAAGACUUUGCUCAGUUUGCAGAAAAAUGGGACUUUGUGCAUGAGACAUCAAGCCCUCGUUACGCACAGUCAAAUGGUCUUGCCGAGAAAACUGUCCAAACAAUCAAGCGCAUUUUUUCCAAGGCGAAGACAGAUGGCAGAGAUCCACACAUUGGUAUUCUAGAGUACCGUACUACCCCAAUGGAGGCAAAUCUAUCACCCUCUCAGCUACUCAUGGGUCGACGAUUACGAUCCACAUUACCUUGUACCCAACAUCAACUUUUGCCUGGAUCUGUUGAUCAUUCUCAGUACCAGAAAGUACUACAAGCAAGUCGGAGGAAACAAAAGCACUACUACGAUACUGCUGCCAAGCCCCUGUUGCCCCUUAAAACAGGAGAAGCAAUUCGUGUACGACAACACAAUAACUUGUGGACACCUGCAGUAGUCACAAAGCAGCACAAUUCCAGGUCUUACACUGUUCGCACUGGCGAUGGAGCGGAAUAUCGUCGCAACCGACGUCACCUACUAAGGACACGUGAAAAGCAUGACAUACCUGAAAUGAACAUUGAUGUCACAAGUAGUGAGUUACCACAUGUUCCACAGACUGACAGAGCCGAUACCUGUACUCGUGAUACAGCUGAGGUCAAACCCUCUGAUGACCCUGUAACAUCACCGAUCCCAUCACGAACACACAGUCCCCAGAAAGUUAUUGACAAUGCCAAUAAUCAAUAUAUCACUCGUUCGGGUCGGGUUGUCAAACCCAAGGUUAUUGCCUCAGUGUAG